CCCUGGUCGACGUUCCACUAGCGACGCCAGCCGUUUCGAUUGGCGAAGCGCUGCACUUCGCGGCUCAUUCUGCUCCCCGGCAGCUGGUCUCAGCGAUGCAUCAGACCGUCUGGUACUCCCGACAAGGCCCUACAGAUGGCUUCUGGGGCCCUGUCACUGCAAGCAUAGACUGGUGCGAAGAGAAUUACGUCGUGUCGCAUUACAUUGCAGAAUUCAGCAACACUCUGUCCAAUCUAUUCUUUGUCGGUCUGGCAGCCUUCUCCGUCAUCAUGGGCAUGCGCGAGAAGCUCCCCUUGCGGUAUUUGCUUUCCGCUGCUGGUAUAGCGCUCGUCGGCUUCGGCUCAUUCGCCUUCCACGGAACGCUUAAAUAUCAGACUCAGCUAGCCGACGAAAUCCCGAUGCUUUUCGCGAGCUCGCUUAUGACAUACGUCGUCUUUGAGGAUAGCAUAGAAGGUUCGAAGCCAAAGCUCGGCGUGUGGCUACCGAUCCUCUGCUUCAGCUAUCCGACGCUCAUCACUAUCGCAUACUUGAUCUAUCCCAAUCCAGUCCUGCAUCAGAUUGGCUAUGCCUGCAUACAGCUAAACACGACCGUCAGAGUGACGCAGAUCCUGCUGACGAAGCUCAAAGCUAAUCAAAGACAAUUGAGUCUCAAUCAUGCCAUCAGGCGAAUGGAGCUCCUCGGCUCGGCGUCCUUUGUCGCCGGCUUUGUCAUCUGGAAUAUGGACAACUUGCUCUGCGACUCUCUAACGGAUGUCAAGCACGCCGUCGGCCAGCCCGUCUCAGGCAUCCUGCUUGAGGGACACGCGUGGUGGCAUAUAGGCACCGGCCUCGGCGUCUUUCUCAUCAACGUAUCGACUUCUUUGAUGAUGCUCCUGCUCAAAGAUCCCAACAAUGCGGGCUACCAGCUUGAAUAUAAGCUCUUUGGCCUAUUGCCCUACGUGGCACGUACGCAAGAACUCAAAAAGAGCCGAUAGAUGGGUGGCAUUUGCCUCAGCGCAAUGCAAAUUGUUAUCGCCGGAGUGCAGAUUGACAUCAGUCGGUUUUAGAGUCUCCGAUUGAUCACCUG